AGGAAAUCAAACAUGUAAGGUAUAGAAAAGUCAUUCAUGACAAAAUCAGCAAUGAAGAGUGUUUUCCUUCUACUGGCUGGAAUCCAAGGUGUCUACUGCCUGUCUACAGCCAGAGAAAUAACAGGCAAGAAGGGAACCUCCGUCACUGUGCCAUGUCAGUACAGCUCGACCUACGCAUUUUUUACGAAGUACCUCUGUCAAGGAAGGGAAUUUGUUUUCUGCAGUAUUUUGAAAUACAACACACAUGAGCAGAAGGUGGGAGAUAAAGUUCAAAUUAUGGACCAUGAACAUGAAACAAUUUUUUACAUAACAAUAAGAGAUUUGAAUGAAGGGGAUCAGGCAUGGUACUGGUGUGGAAUAGAAAUACAUGGUGGAAUCGACCAAGGGUUUUAUUUUUACUUGUAUGUCACUAAUGGAAAUGCUGGCCUGUCUUUAACUAAUAAUUUGUUAAAAGGCAGUGAAGGACAACACCUCGGUAUCAUCUGUGAUUAUGAUCCUUCUUUCAUUACGAACAAUAAGAGAAUCUGCCAUGGAACAGAGAGCUAUAAUUGUCGAAACAUUGAAAAUGGCAACAACGACCAUGUACAUGUAGAAGACAAACCAUUACAAAGGAAAUUUAUUGUAACCCUGAAGGACCUGAAGAAGACCGACAGUGGCUGGUACUGGAUUAUCAUGGGGAGUAAAGACACGGAGAGAAUUUCAUUCUACAUAAUUGUUGAAGACACGUACAUAUCAGCUCUUAAACUCCUGCACUCACCAUUUGACUCAACACAGCCUAUUAAUGUAAGUUCAGGGUUACAAGUCAUAACAUCUGUCCCAUCAGUGAUAAGUUCAGCAGUCAUGCGCUCCAAACGGAUUCUUGUCCUGCCUUUCACUCUGCUGAUCUUCAGUGUGGGGGUCCUUUGGUUUAAAAUGAGACGCAUCAAGAACCAGACAGUGAAUUCAUCUUCCAUCGAUGACGAUAAGAUAACCAACAGUCUUAAGAUCCGGGGUAGCAGCCAUGGGAGCCACACUACAUCCCUCGGAACCUUUGUUGGCAGCAUCGAGGUUGUUGGAUUGCAUCGGGACCACUUUCGUGGAACACUGGAGCUCAUCUUGGUUGGUCUCCGUGGCCUCCUCCAGGGGGAGCUGUAUAGAGCUGUACGGCUUAACGAGCCCGUCUGGGCAGGAGCACAGCCACACCUGAAAGUGCAGCCAGAAGUUCUUAAUUCCAGAGCAGAAAAAACUUCACAACAGGUGAAUUUCCCAAACUACUCAUAA